AUGUCCUUCUCCCACCCUCGUCGAAGGACUCCGGUGACUCGUCCGGACUGCGACACCGAGAAUGCCUUGUCUUUUAAGAACAGCUCUACCCUCCGUAAGGGUGCGACCUUCCACUCUCCUACAUCACCAUCUUUGACUUCGGACAUUGCCUUUGUCCCUCCUACUUUGCCUCGAGCCCAGUCCCAUCUGGAUGAUGUCGUCGAUGCCAACCGUCGACGUGUGGCCUUGACUCUCAACGACAUCGACGAGGCUCUUGCCAAGACCCAAGAGCUCUCUCUGUCAUCCAUGUCAAAGCCCAUGACUCUUCGCGACACCGGUCUUCCUAUCCCUCGCGGCUUCCUCGAGGGACCUAUCGUCGAUCCCAAGAUGACAAAAGAAGAAGAGAGGCGCACCCUGCGCCCCAGAGGCCGCACUUCGCGGGCUCUUGAGGACCAUUCCGAUAGCGGUUUGGGUACAUCAGUAGCUUCCACAAACGAGAAGCGGGGCGCGGUCACUGCAUCAAAGGAGGCAAAGGUGCAAACACGAUGCCUCACAAGAUCCGCCGCCGCCGCCGCAGCAACGGGGAAGCUCCCUUCACUGGGAUCAAAAGCUUUCAGCCGUAUUCACGAGCACACUUUACGCCCUUUGUUGGCCAAGCCGACCCUAAAAGAGUUCAAGCCUAUUGUGCUUGACAUUCCUAGGAGAAUUCAAUCAAAGGAAAUUAUUUGCUUGCGAGAUCUUGAGAAAACCCUGAUCUUUAUGGCACCGGCGACAGUCGAAUAUCUUAGCGACCGCGAACAAAUUCGACCCGCAGACCGGCCUUACACUAACGGAUACUUCCUCGACCUUAAGGAUCAGAUUUUAGAAUACGGAAAACAACUUGCCGCCAAGAACAGCGGCGACGAAAUGGAUAUCGACGCAUCUGAUGAGAUCAAGCUCGUCGGUGGCCUUUCUGUGAACGGUCGUCCUGCUGAGCUCGUUCGUGUUCGCAAGGACGGCACUUACAUUUCCCUGGACACUGGCAAGCCUGUCGAGACAGACGACGACGCGCCAAUGAAAAUGAAGCGCUCCCUUAGUCAACAGCUGGAGGAUGAGGAGGAGAUCCAGCGAUCUAUGGCUCGUCGCAAGAAGAACGCUUCUCCCGAGGAACUGGCCCCCAAGAAAUGCCGUGAGCCUGGCUGCAACAAAGAGUUCAAGAGGCCAUGCGAUUUAACAAAGCACGAAAAGACCCACUCUCGCCCUUGGAAGUGCCCUGUCUCGACUUGCAAGUACCACACCUAUGGCUGGCCCACUGAGAAGGAGAUGGAUCGUCACCACAACGACAAGCACUCUGCUGCCCCCGCCAUGUAUGAGUGCUCGUUUAAACCGUGCCCCUACAAGUCAAAGCUUGCCGUCCAUUGCUGGUAG